AUGAAAGGUGGGAUUCGCAUUGGUCAUUUUUUUAGGCGACGUCAGCGGAGGACAUCGCCGCUUGAGAGGCCCAAUGAUGAUCCAGAUGAUCAAACCCAAAAUAAUGAGAGAGAUUUAACAUGGACCCACGCACAAAGUCAAUCAAAUGGCCAGCAUAUUGCCAAUCUUGAGCCAUCUCCAGAUGUGGUUGGCGAAGAAGACAUUCAUCAAGGUAAAAAGAAAAAGAAAUUUAGCAACCCAUUGUAUGAAAAUUUACUGGCCAAAGGUGUUGUUGGCAAGUAUGUCGAAGAUGUCGAUCCAGAUCAACAAAAUAUAUUAGGAUUAGUGUUAAUGAAAGGAUGUCAGGGUUUCAGUAAUGGUCAAAAUCUUUCCUUAACCUUGGCUACAUUUUUCGAUUUUUUUGUUCUUUUGAUAAUUUUAAGUAACUGUGUCUUAUUAGCGUUUCGUCCUGAAGAAAUAUCGUCAUAUAAUACCAUUGAGAUCGGUUACAAUGUGGUUUACACUAUUGAAAUGACAUUAAAAAUUAUUGCUCGAGGAUUUAUUAUUCAUCGAUUCGCUUAUUUAAGAGAUCCAUGGAAUUGGCUAGACUUUUUAGUCGUGGUCCUAGGAUUUGUCGCCGCUAUACCACAGCUAAGUUAUAUACCUGGAAUUGGUGUUGUAAGAGUAUUUAGAGCUCUACGAAUGAUUACUGUGAUUGAUGGUUUAAAAACAAUGGUCAAUGCGAUGUUGAAAAGUCUAAGGAUGUUAACCGAUGUUUUCUAUUUAACAAUUUUUUUCUUGUGUAUAUUUGGACUUUUGGGCCUACAAAUGUUUAUGGGAGUGCUAUCGCAAAAAUGCUGUUUACCUUAUGAUUACAAUCGAUCAGCAAUCGAUCCAAGCUAUCCGUCAACAUUACAAAGCUAUGUUUUAAAUGAAACAUUGGCCAAUUGGCUACGAGAUGGCGACGAUUAUAUAAUUUGUGGCAAUAGCUCCACUGCAAGGAGUUGCAGCAAAUACAGCCCAAAUCAUGUUUGCUACGAAGGAGCACUACCAAAUCCGAAUGAUGGCUAUACCAGUUUCGAUAAUUUUCCCAUCUCUUUAUUAAAUUCUUUUCAACUAGUUACUAUGGAUUUUUGGGAAGACCCAUAUAAUAAGAUUUCUGAUGCAGUAGACAUUGGUUAUGCCUUAUUUUUCGUCUUUGUUAUCAUCUUGGGAUCAUUCUAUCUGCUAAAUUUAGUUAUAGCUGUUGUAUCUAUGGCGUAUAAUCAAGAAGAUCGCCUAAUGCAUGAUCUGCUGCUUAAUCAUAGUAAAAUGAUGAUAGCAACGAAGAAAUCAUCCGUAUUUCCAUACUAUUCUGAGAAAGCACCCACAUUAUGGACACUUCAAAAUCCUAGCCAAUCCAAUAUCGAAGAGGGUACGGUUAAAAAAGAUGCCAUCAGCAUUAAUACAACAAACACCGAGAAUGAUGCAAUUAAGAAAAAUCAAAGCCUUCAAUCAUCGCCUAGACGCCUGAUGAAAAGAACGAGUUUAUAUGAAGAUGCAUUACUGUCUGGUAUUAUGGAAAAUAAAGAUCUAUUACGACGACGAUUGAUUGAAAUUAAUCGAGAAUGUCCGUUAGAUUCGUUACCUUAUACCAAAUCACAAUCGCAAGAGGCAUCGAAGGUAUCAGGUAAACAGAAUAAUCAUUCGGAUAUGGCAUCGAAUUCAUCUGAUGGUAGCCUUGAUCCGAAUCAUGGACAAUCUAGUCAAGCAUCUUCUAAUUCCAGACAUGAUAAUAAGAAUGAACGACGAGGUGCAAACAGUAUUUCAUCGCUAACCUCGACAGAGUUAACUAACGCCUCCUCCUUAAGCAGUAGUACUACUAUUAAACAGCGAGAAUCGUUAGAAUUGCAAAUUCUUCAGAAAGGUGAACAUGAUCAUUCAGUUGAAGAGAGAGAGGCAGCCAUUAUUACUGAGAAUGAUGAUACAGACAAAAAUGAUGAAGAUCAUCAUCGUCCAACUCAACGAAAAGCAGCUAAGGAUAAUGAUAGCUUAGAUGAACUAAUUAACGAAUCAACUCAAUUAGCGCUACGUAAUAUUACAAAAUCGUCCACAACAAGUUCUAAUCGUGGUAAAAAUUUAUCCGCAAAAGCAAGCAACGGUAAACGCAAGGAGAGUGAAUCAUUGGAAACAUCAUCAAUAAGUCAAGCAGGGUUUUCUCUAAAAUCACGCGAAAAUAGUCUAAUUAGUCUUAAUGCUAAGGCCCCAAAUAAAGCUAGAGAAUCCAUUGGAGGAUUUGCUGAGCCAGCUAUUGCUGAAGCUAAAGAACUUGUCAGCAUUGAAUCAGAGAAUGGUGAUCCUGCGAUGUCUGAUUCAGUUACGGAUCCUUCCAUUCCACGAGUUGGUAAAGGCCCAUGUUGGCAAACAUUUCGAUCGCCAAUCAAUAAAAUAGUUACCGAUCCACUGUUUGACUUGAUAAUUACGUUUUGCAUCGCAUUAAAUACUUUAUUUAUGGCAUUAUAUCAGCCUAAUCCGCGAAAUGAUCCUGGAAAGGCUAGCCUUAAUAACGUCAUUCAAAUUGCAAAUUAUGUAUUUACUGGGAUUUUUACCUUGGAAAUGGUUCUAAAGUUAAUUGCUUUUACUCCAUCUGGCUAUAUUAGUAGUAAAUGGAAUGUCUUUGAUGGCCUUGUGGUCAUUGUAAGUUAUUUAGAUUUUAUAUUAUCUACUAUACUCCAACAAAAUCGGGGUUUAGCUGUAUUGCGUACAUUUCGUUUAUUGAGAGUUUUUAAAUUAGCUCAAUCAUGGACUGCAAUGAGGACAUUAGUUCGAGCAAUUGUACGUAGUUUAUCGGCUAUUUUUUAUGUCACAUUAAUCCUAUUCUUGGUAUUAUACGUCUUUGCUGUCUUGGGCAUGAAGAUAUUUCGUCAACCUUACCUCAACUAUUAUAGUACAGUUAAUUUCCCUCGCUGGAAUUUUAAUACAUUUUUCGAUUCGUUUAUGCUAAUCUUUCGUGUCUUAUGUGGCGAAUGGGUCGAACCAUUAUAUGAAGCAAUGCGAGCCACUAAUCCAGCUAGUAUUAUCUUUUUCAUUUCUGCUUAUGUUAUUGGUAAUUUAUUAGUCUUAAAUUUGUUCUUAGCCUUAUUAUUAAGCUCAUUUGAAAACGUAUCUUUUACGGAAACUUAUGACCAAGAUACUAUUAUUAAUAAUCGCCGAGCAUCACCCAUGAUUUCAAUUGCGUUGCGCUUAGCACAAAUUUUAAGGGCAGAUAAACUUUAUUUCUAUAUGCGAGCUCAUUUUGGCUGCUGUAAAAGAGCAGAAGUCGCAGAGAUUAAUCCACCUAAUAAAGAAGAUGAGUCAUCAGUCAUAUCACAGAGUAUUGUCAUGGAUCCUAUCGAUUUAGGUUAUCCAGGAUCAUCAUUACCCAUACAGCAAGGUAAAGUAUUUAAAUUGGAGCCUAUACCUGGUAGAAAGACUAGCGAUGCUCCGUCCAGAUCAAUCACUGAUUUACGCGGCUUUAUCAUUCCAUCUGCUCAAGAUUUACAACGGAGUCGAAAAAGUGUACCUAAUAUCAGUCUUCAAGGCCACGACUUACGAGGAAUGACUCAAGAUCUGCGAAAUACAACUCGUAGCAAAAAUAGCGUACAAACUAUACCAAUAGAAUCUAAAAUAGAAUUUAUGGCUGUGAAUGCGUCUAAUAGAAGUUCGAAUAACGAAUCAGAUUAUCCAGUUGAUUUACAUAAUAAAGUUUAUGCAACAUCGUCAAAAAAGAAUAAUGGCCUUCUAUCAACGAAUAGUAAUGGGAAGGCAUUGAGUGCAUCAUGCAAUCAUUUACCAGUUGGAACGCGGCAUCAUAGUGGAAGCGGAUUGACUUUAUGUCAUGUUGGGACUGGAAUGGCUAGCAGUGAAAAUCUUGAUAAUGGAAUCUCCAAUCCUAAAACUUCUCUAAUGUCUAAAUCAGUCACACAAUUAGAAUCGAAAAAUGAAACUCGUUUAAUUAUCGAUCGAAGACGUAGUACCCGAUCUGUUAAUCGAAAUCAUAGCCAUCUUAGUGAAGAUGAUGACGAUUAUUACUAUCCAGAACAAGAUAGUGAUGAAUCCGAUGAUGAAGUUAUCAUCAGUAGUGAUGAUAAGCCUUCAAGAGUAGCAACUCCACCAUUACGUCGUGGACAGGUUUCUCGUUCGUCAUUUGUAAGGCUCGGCUCGGAUGGAGAUAUCGAUGCUAAUGAAGAUGAGGAUUGGUCAGCAUCUCGUUGUGAGUCAACAGUCGGUGAUGCUGAAGAAGCAGCCACUACCACUAAUUUACCGGCCCCCUGUUUUCCACGGUUUGUAUCCAAAUGCUUUCCCGCUUGUCGUUCAGACGAAUGGGCAAUAACAAACUAUUGGGUAACAAUGAGAAUCUAUGUUAAACGAUUGGUUGAGCAUCGAGUUUUCGAAGGAAUUAUUCUUCUUCUAAUAUUUGCUAGCAGUGUCAUCUUGGCUCUAGAAGAUGCUUAUAUCCUUCAACGCCAAGAUUUAGCUCGUGCAAUUGAAGCCCUUAAUGUCUUCUUUGCGAUAGCCUUUACGGUGGAAAUGGUCCUGAAAUGGAUUGGAUUAGGUUUUGUUGCUUACUUUACAAAUCCAUGGAAUCUGCUAGAUGCAUCUAUUGUAGCGAUCUCGUUGGUGACCAUUAUCCUACGCAAUUUAGCAGCUUUUCGAUCACUCCGUACGCUAAGAGCAUUAAGACCUUUGCGCGCUGUAUCUCAUUGGGAAGGCAUGAAGGUGGUAGUGAAUGCUCUCUUUGGUUCAAUUCCGUCCAUCGCUAAUGUAAUCUUAGUUGGGGCAAUCUUGUGGCUAAUAUUUGGUAUUAGUGGAAUGUAUAUCUUUGGCGGAUUAUUUUAUAAAUGUGAAGAUGCUGCCGGAAAUCGCAUGAAUGCAAGCAUUAUUCCAAAUAGGACAGUUUGUUUAGAUAAUGGCUUAACAUGGCAGAAUUCAUUGAUUAAUUUUGAUUCCGUACCGGCGGCAUUUUUAGCCCUAUUUCAAGUUGCUACAUUUGAAGGAUGGAUGGAAAUUAUGAGAGAUGCGACUGAUGCUAAAGGAAUUGAUCUUCAACCAGUCCGACUCUAUAACAAGGGGGCAUACGUUUAUUUCGUUAUAUUCAUCUUUUUUGGCACCUUUUUUACUCUCAAUUUGAUUGUCAGUGUUAUCAUUGAUAAUUUUUAUAAAUUGAAAAGAACAUACGAGAGAAAUGCCGCUGGUAUACCAACUGAUAUUUUAUUAACCGAAAGCCAGAAGAAAUGGUAUAAAACUAUGCAAAAGUUAUCCAAGAAAAAGCCUACCAAACAAAUCCCACCAAGCAGAUACAAAUGGCAAAAUCAUUUGCUAGGUUAUGUUCAGACUCAACGUUUCGAUUUAUUUAUUAUGACAAUCAUAUUUGCUAAUACAAUUACUAUGAUGGUCAAUCAUUACCAAGAAGCCAAGGAAGUCUCCGAUGCUUUACAUAUCCUUUUCUACUAG